AUGGAGAACUACACCAUGGAGGGGCGGACGUACCGGUACUACGGGCAGGAGGCCCCGCUCUACCCCUUUGGGUACGGGCUGUCCUACACCACCUUCCAGUACCGGGACCUGGUGUUGAGCCCCCCAGUGCUGCCCCUCUGUGCCAACCUCACCGUGUCCGUGGUGCUGGAGAACACGGGGCAGCGGGACGGGGAGGAGGUGGUGCAGCUGUACCUGCGGUGGGAGCAGUCAUCCGUGCCGGUGCCCCGCUGGCAGCUGGUGGCUUUCCGCCGCGUGGCUGUGCCGGCUGGCCAGGAGACCAAGCUGUCCUUCCAGGUGGCGGCCGAGCAGCGUGCCGUCUGGGCACAGGACUGGCGCCUCGAGCCUGGCGCCUUCACCCUCUUUGCCGGUGGGCAGCAGCCGGGCCAGCAGACGCGGGCACCCUCGGAGGUGCUGAGCACGCG